AUGUGUGGCUGCCAAGUUAUCAGGAGACUGGAACAGGCUCUAAUGGUGUUAAAUUUUGAGAUUAUGCCUAUGGAGACUGAUAGUUUGCCUGCUGAAAUAGCCCAAAAUAGUGGUAUGCAGUGUUCUCCUGACACAGGCCCGUGUCCUGCCCGUUGCUGCAGAGGGAUGAGCGCGGACAGGGUGCAGAGCGGGAUGCCUGCGGACUCCCCCAAGCUGUUGGAGGGGAAGCAAAGGAAGAUAUUUCUUCUGGUGGGAGCUCCAAAAGCGAACACUACCCAGCACAACAUCGUAGAAGGAGGCCAGGUGCUGAAAUGUAACUGGAAUUCCAACAGAAACUGCCAGCCGAUUGUGUUUGACUCCACAGGCAACAGAGAUUUCGCUCCUGAUGAUCCGCUGGAAUUUAAGUCUCAUCAGUGGUUUGGAGCUUCUGUGAGAUCCAGAAAUGAUAAAAUUCUGGCCUGUGCCCCAUUGUACCACUGGAGAACGGAAACCAAACAGGAGAGAGAACCUGUAGGAACUUGUUACCUGCUUGCCGGAUCUAAAUCCGUAGAAUAUGCACCCUGCAGGUCAACCACUAUUGAUGCAGAUGGACAGGGAUUUUGUCAAGGUGGAUUUAGUAUCGACUUUACCAAGGGAGACAGAGUGCUACUUGGAGGACCUGGAAGUUUUUACUGGCAAGGCCAACUUAUUUCUGAUCGAGUGACAGAGAUUGUUGCUAAAUAUGACUCCAAAGUCUACAGUACAAAGUAUGAUGACCAGUUAGCAACCAGACCUGCCAGUGCUGCUUUUGAUGACAGCUACUUGGGUUAUUCGGUGGCUGUUGGAGACUUCAGUGGUGAUGGCAUAGAAGACUUUGUAUCGGGAGUCCCAAGAGCGGCAAGAACUCUGGGCAUGGUGUCUAUUUACAAUGGGAAAAACAUGUCUUCCAUGUACAACUUCACUGGAGAGCAGAUGGCUGCCUAUUUUGGGUAUUCAGUGGCUGCUACAGAUAUCAAUGGGGACAAUUAUACAGAUUUGUUUAUUGGAGCCCCUCUUUUUAUGGAUCGAGGUUCUGAUGGGAAACUUCAAGAGGUCGGCCAAGUUUCCAUUUGCCUUCAACGAGCCUCUGGAGGGUUUCAGAUCACAAAGCUGAAUGGUUUUGAGAUAUUUGCAAGAUUCAGCAGUUCUAUUGCACCUCUGGGGGAUCUAGAUCAGGAUGGCUUCAAUGAUAUUGCAGUUGCUGCACCGUAUGGUGGAGAGGACAAGAGAGGACUUGUCUAUAUCUACAAUGGAAGAGCAAAUGGUUUGAAUGCAGUCCCAUCUCAAAUUCUUGAAGGGCAGUGGGCUGCUCGCACUAUGCCACCCAGUUUUGGGUACUCACUGAAAGGAGCUACAGAUGUGGACAAAAAUGGAUAUCCAGACUUGAUUGUUGGAGCCUUUGGCGUUGACACAGCUGUUUUGUAUAGGGCUAGACCAGUUAUUAGAGUAAAUGCUGCCCUGGAAGUUAAUCCAACCAUUCUAAACCCAGAAAACAAAGCCUGUUCACUGUCAGAUGUAAAAGUUUCUUGCUUCAAAGUCAAGUUCUGCUUAAAAGCGGAUGGCAAAGGAAAGCUCCCUAAUUCACUCAAUUUCCAAGUGGAGCUCCUGUUGGAUAAACUUAAGCAGAAAGGAGCUAUAAGGAGAGCUCUCUUUCUCCACAGCAAACAGCCUAGCCACUCUAAGAACAUGACUAUUACAAAGGGAGGCAAAAUGAAUUGUGAAGAACUUGAUGCCUUUUUGAGG